UAGAGGGCGUGCAUGAGUAACACAUUGAAGGGGGCCGUUCCCAUGUUAAUCAGCAUUUAAAGUCCGUGGAGCAGAGUGUGCCAUUUAUCCCAGAAAGCUGCGGAAAACGCACCGAUCACCGCUGCUGUUGGUACUCGAGAAAGAUGUUCUGCAGACGGGCUUGGCAGAGAGUGGGGCCGCUGGCACGGUGCGCUCUCAGACCUACGACCAGUACCACUCCAGUUCGACACAUGGCCUUUGGGAUUCCCGGUGGAUCCACUAACCUGGCGUACAUCGUCCUGUGUGGAGGAGGCCUCACUGCUGCUGCCGUCUAUGCAUACAAGGCAGUGAAUGGCGAGGAGAAUACAGCACCAGCAAAAGCUCCAGAGGCGGCCCCAGAAGUAGCGCCCCCAGCUGCUGAACCUGAACCUGCCCCAGUGGUCGAGGCAGCACCUGAGCCCGCCCCCGCUGAACCCGCCGCAUCGGAGCCUGCACCCACAGAAGCUGCUGCCCCUGAGGCUGCACCCGCCGAAUCCACACCAACAGAACCUGCCCCAACAGAACCUGCUCCAGAGCCUGUGGCAGAGGCACCACCAGUAGAAGCAGUGGCCGAACCAGUGGCAGAGACAGCGGCUGAACCUGUUGUCGAGGCAACUGCUGAAACUGUGCCUGUGCCUGAGGUUGUUGCUGAGGUGGCAGCUGAGGUCGUUGCCCCGGCAGCAGAGGACCCAGCUCCAGUUGCUGCAGAGGUGGUGGUGACAGAGGCAGCAGCAGUAGUUGAGGAGGCUGCUCCAGUUGAAGUCGCUGUGGAGACUCCGGCCGUUGAGAGCGCUGCCACAGUAGAAGAAGCCCCCGCUCCUAAUGCUGCCCCAGCUGCAGAUGUGGCUGCAUAGAACUGAGAUGGUUUGAAUGUUAGUUAGUUAUUCUGAAGUUUUGAGAGCAGGACCACACCUCAAACCCACCUCUAACUGCUGUCAUAUGCUUAUAAAUAGCUUCUGGUCUUGUCAAUUCAUUUUUGUGCUUCCUGUGUUUUACCCCUGUGUCCUUAAUGUACCAUAGAGGUGGAGAGGUGUGGUCCAUACCUAAAAAGCCAAGAAAAUGCACUUUGAACCACUGAAUUUUCCCAAACAUGUAAAGGCAAGUAAAGGUUCUCUGAUAAUAUCUUAAUAGGGAAACAAUAAACAAAGUAAAUAGUAUGGCUACCAACUAUAAAAUCACAAAGUGGUUCCUGAGUCCAUAUGUCUUGUGCUUUCCAUUUUACCCCCUUCCUUUAAAAUCAUUGCAUUGGCAUUAUUGAGUGAUUUCAUGAGCCAGGUUUUUUCUGGUUUGUUGUACAGUUAAAGUAUUGUGGAACUGCAAGGGAAAGAGAGAAAUGCGGAGGACUCUGUAAUGUUUAAAAUGUGUUUAAGUGCCCUUGAACUAAAUCCAUCAGACAGUUCAGAAUAAUUCAGCAUAGGAAUGACCAGUGUGGAAACUUGUUUUAUUGAUUUUAUUUUAGUCUGUUUUGUUUUGACAAUACUGUCUGUUGUUGAAACAGUUAUUAACAUCACACAAAAUCUGUUGUUUUCAGUCUUCCAGCUUGAGACACUAUUCAAAUUUAUUUUCACUGUACACUGCUGUUUGACAGAUGUUCCUUUUCAGUUACACCUUAUCACAAUUGAAUCACAUGGAUGUCUGGGCAUCUCAGUCUGUCAUGAUGAAGAAUAAUAUUAAUGCUUUAAAUAACAAUAAAAUUACUGGAUGAUAAA